AGACUAAGAAGUAACGCUCUCGUGUCGCCGACAGCAGUGAACAGCAAUGGAGUGCUACAACAACAGCUGCUAACGUUAGCUAGCGCCUGAAACCUCAGAAAACACAGAGUGAAUGUGUCGGCGGGAGCAGCCUGUGCUGAGCUGAAGCACCGGGUGUCCCUGAAGUGAAGCUGAACAUGACUCCGAGAUGACUCACCAGUGGCUUGGACAUCUGUGAUUUGAUAGAAGAUGAGGCUUGCUCAGUUUGUCAGACUUGUCAUUGCUCGUAAAGAUUGGUACCAUAGUCACAUAAACCACAGCAACAUGGACAACAAACCAUAGUGAACUGUGACUGUUGCUUUUUGCACAUCACGCUUGUUAACAUUACAUAAAUUACAUUUUAGUUUGUAUUGAAUGGAUUUUAGUUAAUAACCAGUGCUGACAAUGUCACUGGGCGAGCAGUCUCAAAAGUGGUUUCCAACCCAUGUCCAAGCCACUGUUCUUCAAGCAACUGGUUUACAGCCCAAGGGCAAAAAUGGCACCAAUGAUGCCUACACUAUCAUCCAGCUGGGCAAGGAAAAGUAUUCAACAUCAGUGGCAGAGAAGACACUUAACCCUGUCUGGAGGGAAGAAGCCUCCUUUGAAUUACCUGGACUACUUUUGGAGGGCAACCCAGAAGUAUACGAACUCUGCCUUAUAGUGACGCAUCGGUCCUUGGUUGGGAUGGACAAGUUCCUGGGUCAGAGGUCCAUCAACCUUAACGAAAUAUUUGAUAACAAGGAGAGAAAGAAAACUGACUGGUAUUCCUUGGAGUCUAAGCCAGGGAAGAAGAAGAAAGAACGAGGUCGCAUCCAAGUCAGCAUUCAGUUCAUGAGGAACAACAUGACUGCCAGCAUGUUUGACCUCUCCAUGAAGGAAAAGCCCCGCUCACCUUUUUCCAAACUUAAAGACAAAAUGAAGGGUCGCAAGCAUGAGAGCGGCUUUGGUGACACAUCUUCAGCCAUCUUGCCUCGCUCCGCUGUGUGUGACUCGGAGCCCAGCCAUCCAUCCUUUGCACCAGAACCACAACCUCAGCCUGAAGCAAAGGUCAAGAGGCCACUACUUGCUGGGGCCCAUAAACUCUCUGCAGCCCAUUCCAUGUCAGAUCUCAUUGGGACACACUUUCGACCCAAACUGGACUCCAUGAACUCCAUAGACGAGAGCGGAAGUACAGGUGGCCCUCACAGGCGUUCCCAGAGCGAGGUGCCAGGCUACCAGGACGGCGAAGCACACAGUGACCCUUUCACUGAUAUCAGUGACACCCUGCCACAGAAGUAUGCCACGCUCCCACGCAACCGCAACCCAUUUGAGGGGGAGCACGGGCAGCUGUGGGACCGGGCAGAGCGGAAGGAGAAAAAGGAGAAGGUCAGCCUACUGGAACGCGUGACGGGAAAGAAGGAAGGCCGCAAGACCAGCAAUGGAGGGCGUUUGGGGAGUUCUGGAGACCUGCGUUCCCCCAAUCCUUUUAGUGGAGACUCACAAGCAGACACUAAUCCAUUCAGCUCCAACUACAAAGUCAGUGAUAAAAAGCCAACAGGAAAUGACAUCACCACCUUUGGUCAGAAGAAGAAGAAGGACAUCUAUGGCAAGAAAAAUGAGGUGACACAGGAAAGCGUGGCCGCCUAUAGCAACUUGUCCUUUGAAGAGGUUGUGCAGGAACUCAUCAAGCAAAAAGAAGUGGUGAAAAAGAAAGAUGCGCACAUCAGGGAGCUGGAGGACUACAUAGAUAACCUACUUGUACGUGUCAUGGAGGAGACGCCGAGUAUUCUACGGACACCCUAUGAGCCUAAAAAGAAGGCGGGUAAACUUUCUAAGUAGAAAGAAAAGACAGAGUGAAGAGUUACUAAUGAAGGUUAAGCAAUAGCUCAUGUAAAAUAAGUGGGAACAAAUCGGACAAUUCAUCUUUCUGAUUGAGUUACUAAAACAUUUUUAUUCUUGGAGUAUAGUUUUUAAAGACUUUUUUCAAUGUUUUGGUUAUUUUAGGUCACGCAGGUGUUUGCCCUUUUUGGCAUUCCUAUAGUUUGAUUUCUCUUUCAAAAUCACAUUAACUCCCUUUUGCAUUUUUAGGUACAUAAACAGGAGAUGCUAAAUUCUGCAGCUGAUUCAAUCAAAUCAAAUCCAUGUUUUUGACUUUAUGUUCAGCUAUAUCGUAUGCACUUGUGAACCCACAUGGUCUGUUGCACAUAAAGUCGCCAUCAUCUGCUGAGAAGCUCUUACAAGUGCAAAUGCUGCCAAAUUCGUGUUUACCAGAUGCUGUAGUCGCACUUAUGUGCUAUUUGCUGAAAGAUGGUCUAAUGAUUUGUCAGAUGAAGCUAUAGUUUCUGUUUACAAUCAAGUACAAGUCUUUAACUUGCUACCUAAACUACGAUACACAUUCAUCAGAGGCAGCGUCAGCUUUUUUUUCCAGCCUUUUUUAUGCUGCAAAUGUGGAUGAAUUCAGACUGAGUGAUUCAUAGAUAGUCCGAGAAAGACUGGAAAAAAGUUACGGUUGCUGGGAGGUAUCUGGAAGUCUGGUCUCUCUCAAGCUUCCUGGGUUGUGCAUUUUUUUCCAAGAACAAAUGUACAUUCCUAUUAUCAGUUACUGAGUUAACAUUCUUGAUUUCAUUUGUGAUGACUAUCAUUUAAUAUUCCUGGACCAAGGGUCUUGCAGUCACUCGCUGGAGGUGAUAAUUUUACUGGCUUUAAGUGCAAUAAUCACAUCGUAAACAUGUUGCUUUAUAUCCUGCUGAUAAUGUUCUUGUUUACAUUUUAAUCACAUCUUUAAGUUAAACUUAUUUCGUAAUAUUCAUUUGAUUUAUUGGUACAGCCUCUACUGAUUGUCCAACCUUCAUCUCCCUUAAAUAGUUUGUAUUAAUGGUAUCUAGCUGCACAUCAGUAUAUGCUAAACAAAAAUUAUUUAUAAGUGUUUCGUAGCUCAUUGACAUCACUAUUAUUUUUAAUGUAUUUCAAAGGUACUUUUUUCUAAAAGCGCUACUGUAUCCUGGUACCCCCUCCCUCACCAGCUGUUCUACUAUACAGAUACACAAAACAAAUUUUCAUUGAAUUAACUCAGUAUUCACCUCAUUUAUAUUCUAAUCACAGAUUCAUUGUGUGUUGUGCUUCAGUAUAUUUCAGCAUGUCUUUAUUUGUUUUGUUUUUUUUCUGAACAGUCCAAAUACUGAUAUAUGAUAUGAGUACCAAUGAUAAUCCACUGAUGACUGCUUAAGGUAAACGACCAGCGGAUGUCAUUUAGGUCACAAGUAACUGUUUGUCAGCGCAUGUCAGAACUGUUCUCAUUUUACUGUUUUACCAUCAUUUAAGUUGCCUCAGUCUUAUGAUGCUAAUGUCAAAACAACAUAUGUUUCCAUGUUCAGCAGUGCUCCUAAUUGUAUUAAUUGAUCAGUUUCUACUGAGAAAAUGCUAAAUGGGGCAUCUGGUUGAUCUUACUACUGGUACCAAAAUUAAGUUUUAGUGUCAAAUAGAGGCCUAGGGUCACAUAUACAUGUGCUUGUGCGAGAUCUUCAGCAGUAGCAUAUUCACUAAAUGAUGGUUAGGUUUACAUUUUUAUUAGUUUAGUCCAAUUUGUAGGAAAGCAGCUUCAUCUACAGUGUUAAACAUGCUUUGUAUUGACAUGAUAACUAUCAUUUGCUCAACAUAUCACACUAUAUCAGCCGAUGAUCAAUCUUGUCCUGUUUGCUGGUGUUAUUUCUGGUAUUUAUAUCUCUUUUUAAUUGCUUUACAGUCUGAGUGUCUGACCUUUACACUGUUUGAUACCAAAUGACAGGUGAGGAAAAACUGCUACACUGUAUUUGUAGAAGGUCAACUGUUGUAAAUACAACACUUUUAAUUUUCCAUGAAUGUUACACUACUCACAAACACAUUUUCUCAUGUACUUAUUAUUUUUUGCUGCUGUGAAAGUAGUUUCAUUGGAUGGUAUGUGAUCUCUUUUUGGACUUGAAGCCAAAGUGUCCUGUUACUGAAUGUAUUCUGGCUGGCUUUGAAAUUCUAAAAUGUAUACUAUAUGGUACACUGACAAGACCAUUGACCUUUGUUUGCCUUUAAAGUGUUUGGUGUAUCCAAAGAGAUCAUUUCAUGUUUCUUUUUUCUCUCUCUGUUCUUGCUGUUAAGUUGGACAAAACUAAGACACUUUGUUAUGGGCAAGAAGUUACUGUUGAUACAUAUGGUUUUGUGCAAUGAUGUAACACAGAUGUUGGCUAAAUUCCUUUGUAUUGGAAAAAGGUUAUUUUGUAAUGCCAAAAAUGUUUGAAUCAGUUUGUAAAAUCAUGAGUAUUGUGCGAUACUAAUUAAGAAGAUAUGUGGAUAAGAAUCCAUUUCCAUGAUGGAAAAGCUUCUCACUGAUUGCCUUCCUACAUUAGUUGAAGUGUAAAUUCCGUGUCUUAAUUUGUUCAGACUUUACCAACUGCUUUAGUUAGUCUGUAUUGGUAGUUAGCCAGGUGUUCAUGGACCUUUCCAAGUUCUUAAUACUUCCUUUGUAUAUACUGUUUAGUCACUUUGUAAUAUUCCCUCUAGUCCUUAGAGUUUUUGCACAUUUUGUCAGGCUGUAGAAUGUUCAAAAAUGUACUUUCUGGGGUUUUAUAUGAGGUUUAGUCAAAGUACAAGUUUAAUUAAAUUUCAUAUUUCAAAACUGGCUGUAAAACUAUUCACCGCCAUCUUUAAUUUGAACUAAACAUCACUUACCGACAGAAGAUGAUACUCAGGCUUUUUGAAGCUGUAAAUAAUUUCUCUUGUUAGCAAAGGAAAUGUGUUGCUUUCUAGCAUUGGCGUUUUGUGUAGGUUAUUAUGUGUGUCAGUGCAAAACUCAUACUGUGUGUGGAACAGGUGAUUUACACUCAUGUCUACAAUGUGCCCCAAAGCCAGCUUGCUUCACUUAAAUGAUGAAAUGGCAAAAGAUGAGAUCUGAGAACAUUUAAUUUCAAAUACAUCUGGACCCUGAGGUUAUUUAGUUCAAGUGAAAAAUGAGGGGUGAGUAGUUCAAAUUGAUUAAUUUUGCCUGUCAUUUUUCUCCUUUUAGCUUGAUUGAUAUAUUUGCUUUAUGCUUUAACAUAAUUUGGUGUUUUGGUACAUGUCAUCCUAAAACAUAAAUUUAAAUGAAAACCAUCUUCAAAUCAUUUCCUAGCACAGCAGUGUAAAGGGAUACAUCGCUACCAAAAAAAACCCAAAAUCUGUAUCAUAAUUGUACUUCUUCCUUGCCUCUUUGCAUAAUGUUUGUCAUCCAGUAAAUGGCAGUGUUUGAAUAUGCAAAGCACUCAAAAUGCUUAGAAGCAAAUUUUCUGACCUGUGCCAUAAUUUAAGUUUAUAUAGAUUGUGUGCAUCAAAGUGUUGUAGGUAAAUGUCCGCCUUGUUCCGAAAAACAGUGCAUAUAUAUGGGGGUUGUUUCCUUGUUGACGAAGCAUGCAUUGAACCUUUUGAUGAAGAUGACAUAAAGCUCGAGUCGGAUCUCACAAUCCUCCUCUGGCAGUCUUUUAAGUCUUUUGCUGAUAAUAUGAUGCUGCUUGCCAUAGGCCACAUACAGCUGCCAGACACUAAGACUUAAGCUCCAGCUAAAUCCCCUGACGGUGCUUGUAAUGUGGCACACAGUUUUGAAGGAAAUGAUGACUGUGUUUAUAAAAGAUCUCGCCAGUUAGUAGAGCUUCAUUGAGUUUACAAAAUUGUACGGUGGCUGGUGCACAGAGGCCAACACAAUGAAACAUAAUAUGAAUUUAGCGCUCUACCAUGGUGGAGACCUAAAAUGACAUUUUGAUACUAACACGUGGGUCUACUUCUGAAUGUUCACUGUGUCUUGCAGUUCAUUCAGACACAUGCCUUGUAUUGUAAUGAGUUUGAUGAAAUGAGUGAUUGGAUUCUUGUCAUUUCUGCAUGUCAGUCACAUGUUUUGAUUAUGUAACACUAGAUAAACUAUAUGGCUUUUCCUGAUCUGGAAACCUUUAAUCCACUAGGUCGGGUUCAUUUAUUUUUAACAAACCUCAUCAGACAACAUUGCUGUAAUGUAUUGAUCUCUGAAUUGUACAGUGUAUAAGUUGGCCAACAAAUGUGAAGGUAGAUUAACUUCUUUUUGUUUAAUAUUUUCACUCUGUAGCCAAUAUGCAAGACUUUCAUACCUGGAUGCUUGGGGACAAGAAUGUAUGUAUUUUUGUUGGUAUUAUUGUAAUUCUUGAAACACAUUGGGGUGUAGAAGAUUGUAUGUAUUCUGACAACAGUAUAAUGCUGUUAAUGGUGACUGUAUAUAAAGUGCCAACAAAAGCACUAAUUCAUAAGAAUUUGAUGAUUCAUUUCUCCAUGUGCUACAGUUUGUAAUAAUGACUUUUAGAUAUCACCACCAUUAUAAUCAAUUUCCAAUGUUUCACUGGAUGUAGCUUGAAAGGCACAAGCAAGAUUGUAUUGUCCUUUUCAAUAAACUCACUGUAAAGGAA